ACUAUUAUUCUUUUCCAUUUUAGAAUGUAGAAACUGAGGUUCAUGGUGAAAACCUGAGGCCACAGUGGAAAAUAAAAACUGGCAAAACAGCUGAGGUCGCUAAGGACCAUAAUGUUGAGGGCCUCAAUUACCCUACAAACGACUUUGGACUUCGUUCAGUGACUCACCAGUGAGGAACAAUUGAUCAGAUCCUAGUUCUCAAUCUAUUACAACACUGUGUGCAGCAGCAGGGACCCAUUUAAUAUCCCAAAUUAAGUAAAAUCUCUGUACCUAAUGAGUUGUACAGGCCAUUGGAAAAACAAGAGGUGUUAUGUUGGAGUUAUUGGAGGAGGCUUUGUGGAGGAAAUAGAACUUGCUAUGGGCCUGGAUGGAAUUUGAAGAAUGAUGCUAUCAGUAUUUUAUUUUAUUCCUUACAGUGUGCCAGACACUGAACUCAGUGCUUCAAACAUUUAAUCCUCACAUCCACCCUAGGAGAUAGUACUGUUGUAAUCCCUCUGUGACAGAGGAGGAAACUGAGCCUUGAGUGUUUUUAAGUAGUCUCUCCUCGUAGGCAGUUGGACAUAUUAGAGUGUUACUAUGCAAGCAUGGAAAUAGAACAAGUGAAGUUAGAUGAAUUGAAAGUUUAAUAUGAGCUCUUGCUGAUGAAGCUCAUGGUAGGGAUGGAUUGUUUUUGGAGAUCAGAAUAAUUAUAGCUACUAUGUAUUGAGUGCUGGCUAUGUGCUAGACAUUGUGCCAGAUGCUUUGCUUGCUUUAUCUCAUUUGAUCCUCUCCAAAACCUCGUGAGACAUAGGUACUAUUUUUAUCCCUAUUUUAGAGAUGAAAAUUCUCCAGUCUCUUGCCCAAGGUUAGAGUGCUGGUGAAUGGCAGAGCCAGCAUGUGGACCCAGGUCUGUUUUAACUCUAAAGCCCAUAAUCUUAACGACUUACCAAUGCUACCUGUCCUGCUUCCAGCCUUUUGAUAAGGAUGAAUUUGGCAAUGAGACCAGAAAACUUGAUGUUUAUAAGCGUAAGAUUCUCUAAUCCCUGGGUAGUGCUUGGAUGUGGACACUGCCAAAUAUGCCUUUGUGACUCUCCUUAUUCUAAAUCCUCAGUGGUUGGCCAGCUCUAUUCUUUCUUUGGAUAUAAUUCAAGCAGGUUACAAUCUGGUCUUUCAAGUCUUGGAACAGUCCGGCUUUAAAGUGAAUUUACAAUCCUUUUAGUGCAUUGUAUGUUGAUUUUGAAGCCUAAGAGUUUCUUAGUAGGUACUCUUGUUUCCCUUUUGUCUAAAUUCUUGAGGGAAGGCUUUUUGUCAGCUCCUUACACUGACAAAAAUGGUAGUUUCUCAGAAAGAGGUCAACAGAAGGAGUUAAUGGGAGGAUAGGGGAAAUGAUGCUUUGUUAUUUAAAGGGAAAGUAAGAGGAAAGAUGAGAAGGCCAUUAUGGAAGAGUGAGGAGAAUUAACAAUGUCGACUGAAAUAAAUGCACAGCCUAAAAGUUGAGAGUUAUGUUUUAUUUGGCAGACAUUUCUGAGGAUUCGAACCCCUUAGAGCCUGGGAUGACAGCCUCUCAGAUCGCUCUGAGGGGAUGCUCUGAAGAGGUAGGGGAGGAGCUAGGAUAUAUAGGAGCUUUACAACAAAGACCAGGUAGUUGGAACAUUAAAAAAUUACUUGUUAACUAAAGAAAACCAGGCAUCUCAAGUUAAAGAAUUUAGUACUUUUUUGUGUAUGGAAGGGAGCAAACAUUUGGGCUCACUAAAUUCAUUCCUUUGACAAGCACCUAGCUAUCUAGGGCCAGUAUCCUGUCCUUUCUUAUUCUGAGUCCCCUCAGAGUGCACCAUUGUGAGUGGCUGCAGAGGCUGGGUUGCAGGCUUGUCUUCACUGAGGGAUGGCUGCAGUGGCUGAUGACUUGAUGGCUUCAGCAUUCUUUGUUUCCUGAUAUGGUUUGCAGUGUUUUUCACUCACAGCAGUAAUACCAUUUCUUGAUAGUAGAGAUUUAAAAUUUUAAAAUAUUAUGAAAACAACAGGUGAUUCUUUUUUAAAAUCCCAGGGUUAUAAAAGACUUUCAAAGCAUGAUAUCAAAGACAGAAGCCAUGAAGGAAGUGACAAGUAUAUCUGCUUACAUAAAGAUAUAAAAGCUUCUGGUAGGGAGGUUUAGAUAGCUCAGAGGUAGAGUGCAUGCUUAGUAUAGAUGAGGUCCUGGUUCAAUCCCCAGUACCUCCAUUAAAAAAAAAAAGCUUCCGUACAUCAAAAAACAUCAUAAGCAAAGCUACAACAAUGGCAACCUGGAGGAAAUAUUUGUAAUAAAUGUCAAAUAGUCUGUAUUAAAUAUCAUUAAAACAUAAAUAACACUUAUAACCCAAUAAGAAAAAGAACACACCAGUUAAAAAAUGGGCAAAGACCACAGAUGGUCACAUCCCAAAAGAAGAAAUAACAGCUGGCCAAAAAACAUGUUAGAAAAUAGUUUAAUAUUUCUGGUAAUCUGAGACAUGCAAAUGAGAGCAGCAAAUUUUGUGUCUGUGUGUGUAUGUGUUGUAGGGGAGGAAAAUUAAUUUUCUCUCUACCCUUCUAAAUUCUUGGCUGAGAUUACCCUGUAAUAAAAGACAAAACAACGAGAAAAACAAACAGACCUUUAAUAACACGUAUACCUCCUGUAUACAUAUGAGAAACCCAGGAAAACUGAGGAACUCCCUGAAAUGGCCCACGCCACCACCUUAAUUAGCAUCUCCAGCUAAAGACAAAAGAGGGGAGGGAGCCUCUUAUGCCAGGUGACCUGGAAAAGGACAGUAAACAAAGGUAAGGUUGUUAUGCAGAUUUAAGUUGCUGCCUUCUCUAUUGAGAAGCUGAGUUUCUAGGGCUUUAGAGUCAUCCUUUUCUUCCUUGUACAGAUGGGAGACACCCUUACAAAUGGAGAUUUCCCUCAUAAAUGUAAAUGUCUCUUACAAAAAGGGUCCCUUCCCCUUGAUUUUUCAAAGCUUCUCCUGUAUCUGCUGUUUUUUUUUUUUAAACCAACUCAAAAUAAUCCUUAUGCUAAGGAGUCAUUUUUGCGCUAGCAAAUUCUGCAGCCUUUUAAAAAGUGAUAAUGACCUAUUGGCCAGGUUGUAGCAAAAACACAUUCCCAUGUUCCCUGCAAGAGUGUAAAGUCAAAGACAUUUUUUGGAAGGCAGAUUAGAAUUACAGGUUAAAAGCCUGAAAAUAUAUAUUCCCUUUGAAUACCUAGAAAUUCUCAUUCUACAAACGUAAACUAAAUAAAUAAUAAAGGAUCUGAAAAUUUUGGCUUAAGUUACAUGUGCAACAGGAGGAGACUGGUUGAGUUGCAUAUCCACAUAACUGAAUAAAAUGAAGCUGUUAGAAAGUGAGAUUGUAGGAGCAUGUUAAUCACAUGGAGUAUAUUCAGGAUAUGGUUUGGGACAAUGCAUAAGGCCACCAUGCUGGACAGGUGGACGGGGUCUGGAAUAGAGAAGGCCUUGCCUGCCAGGCUAAGGAGCUUGACCUUUUCCUGUAGGUACUGGCCAGGCAUUAAAAGAUUUUAGAGGGCAGAUCAGACUGUAUUUUAGAUAGCUCCCUCUUGUAACAGUGUGCCUGGAGGUAAGAGACCAGAGAAAAUGGUGGCAGUGAUCCAGGGGGAGAAGAUGAGGACCUGAGAGUAUAAACAUUAGUGAAUAGAACCUAGGACAGACUUUAUACAGCCCAAGGCAUGGAUCUUUCCUGUGGUGGGCAAUGUUUACAAACACUUGUCCUCAGGAACCCCUGAAUAGUUGGGUGUUAUCAUAGGCGGUGGAGCCAGGAGGACUGGAGCCAUGGGGCUGGGCCUCUGAAAAUUGUGUGCCUGGCCGAACACCACUCUCCUGUCCCUCUCUCACUCUCUUUCUCUCUUACUUAGUUUUCCCACCCCCGCCUUCACUGCUUAAUCCGGCUAGCCCCUCAUUUAGGAUGGUCUUGGUGACUCGUCCUCCUUCCUUCCUGACGACAUUUCUCAGAGUACUAACACUUCCUCCUGCGAACAAAAAUGAUCUUUAGGCAUUAGGACCAGGAGCGUUUAUUGAAUCCAGUGUUGGGGUGAAGCAGAAUUUGGCAGGGAGCUGGACAAUGAUGCCUGUGAACUUCGGGCUGAUAGGACUGUGGAACAGGCACAGGAAGAGGAAGUGGGACAAGUGAUACUGAGAGCGUGGGUAAGGAAGAUGGGAACCUGGGACUGGAGUGGUUCAGAGGAUGAAGUGGGACAAGUGAUACUGAGAGCGUGGGUAAGGAAGAUGGGAACCUGGGACCGGAGUGGUUCAGAGGAUGAACUGGUACAGUUGCUGGUACCUAGAUUGGGUGCUUAGGAAAAAGCUGAAUUUUUAAGUUUCUGGACAAGAUAACCUUGGAGUAGCACAGAGAGCUGCUCUCUCCUGGGGAAGCUGAGAGAAGGAGGUUUUGAAUGGAACUUGAAGAUUUUUCCAGGAAAGAAAUCAUCCAGAAAAGACCUCAAUUUUGUAAGGAUUCAAGAACUGUAAGCACCCAGCCGACCUGGGAAUGAGAUCUUCCUCCUGGCCUGCCCUCCAUGUCCGGGAGCUAUCGUCGUCUUCAAGCUACAGAUGCACAUGUUGAAUGGAGCUCUCCUGGCCCUGCUGUUUCCUGUGGUAAAUACGCGGCUGCUCCCCUUUGAAUUGGAGAUUUACUACAUUCAGCAUGUUAUGCUCUACGUGGUGCCCAUCUACCUGUUGUGGAAAGGAGGUGCUUAUACCCCGGAGCCCCUCAGCAGUUUCCGGUGGGCCCUUCUUUCAACUGGCCUCAUGUUCUUUUAUCACUUCAGCAUCUUGCAGAUCCUGGGCCUGGUCACCGAAGUGAAUUUGAACAACAUGCUGUGUCCGGCCAUCUCAGACCCAUUCUACGGCCCCUGGUAUCGCAUCUGGGCCUCGGGACACCAGACUCUCAUGACCAUGACCCACGGGAAGCUGGUCAUCCUGUUCUCAUACAUGGCUGGGCCUUUGUGUAAAUAUGUGCUGGAUUUGCUCCGGCUUCCAGCCAAGAAAAUAGACUGAAGGUGCUUGUGUGUUUUUGUUUUGUUUUGUUUUGGGGUUUCUUCUUUCUUUUUUUUUCUUUAUCCCUGAGGAAACAAGUCCUGAUUUGACUUGGAGGACACUCAGUUCUUGAUGAAAUCAUGGGAGAGGGCAGUAGGGUAUUUGGUGUAUUUCUUUUUCCCUCCUCUCUGUCCCUUUCUUCCACUACCUUUCCUUCCCCAGCUCGUCCCCCAGGACAGCUUCCGGCACCUGGGGUGUCAGGCUGAGGGCUGGACGUAUCCUCCUCCCCUUUGGCUCUCUCCCUGCUCCUAGUGGCCUUACAUGGGUAGUCAGUGGCUUUCACUCUGCUUGUUGGUGCUUUACCAGCAGCCGGUUGAGGAGAAAGGGAACACAAGCAGUAGUCUUUUGGGCAUCGAAGUGAUGAGAUGGGGUGUGUUUCGUUUCUCCACUGCCAGGGACCUCUGCUAGGGUCCCCUUUUGUCUCCAGCACAGCCCCCACCCUAAGGGGACUGAGGCCUUGUUUCUAUACCAGCGGCAAGCCGAGAGCCAAGGGAUUUCCCAGCUUGUGGCCAAAGUAGAACUGGCCAGAUUCUUCCCACUGGUGUCCCAUGACUCAAAGCAAGUAACCAACCAGCCACUCCAUCCAGGAUACUGCCAGUGCUGGGAGGUGGGGGCGCUACCCAGCCCAGGGGCUAGAUUCCACCCAGGAGGAUGGAGAGUUGUCGGGAUGGUGAAUCCGAAAGUGAACCAGGUUGAAAUGUCCACAGCCAACACUAAGCAGGACUUUUGGUAAAUUCUGCUUGUGAGAGCUGAGAACUGACCCAUAUCCUGAUCAGAAGUGAGCGUAGAAAUUAAUCAACAGAAGUGGUAACUUGAUAAAACUGUGAUUUGAAUUAUAUGCUUGCUUUUAGUUUAAUGUUGAUAAUAGAUGCCAUUUUAAUUUUGAGUGCCCCUUGAAGUUUCUCUCUUUCUUACUCUUUUUUUAAAGGCAGCUUCAGGGAAGGAUGAGCUAGACUUGGGUUUUUUUUUUUCUUUUUGGUUUUUUGUUUGUUUGUUUGUUUUUGGCUUUUGGGAUUUUGUUUAUCUGUUUAUUCAUUUGUUUUUGGAUAUUUGAGUUUGGAGAAUCCUUGCAUUAGGUCCUUCUGGAGGGACUCCUGUCGAUCCAUUUCAUCCCAUUUUACAGGAUCAGCAUCUUGGGUUUGGGAUGAUACUGAUCCGGCUGUGUUGUUUCCCUAGGGCCAGCUGUCAUCUCUGCUGCCAGACUCAGCACUGUGUUGUUUAGCGUGGGGGUCAUCACAGGCUCCCACCUUGCCCACCCCCAAAGCCUAUGUCUAGGUUGAAAAAGAGGUACCAAGGAAUCAGGUCCCCACAGGUGGAGGUUGAAGUGUUCUAAAAGGAAGACCUUUUGUUGCAAGACAGCCUGAAUCAUCCAUGAACCUCAAGAAGGGAGGCAGUGGCUGGGCAUUUGGUGACUCCUUGUUGGCUCUUACUUAGAUUUUUUAAGAACAGAAGAAAUAGUUCUGUGACCUCCUCUGAUGGGCCUCCCUCCCCUCUCCCACUCUAGACACCCCAGUUGUCCUGGGCCCAUUCAGUAUUUCAGGUGUUUCUGUACCAGACCUAGAGUGAGUUUCACUGGCUCAGUGGUCAUGAUUUUGACAGGUGGACCUACAGGAGGCAGCAGAAUGGAGGAGUCUUUCCUAGCAAGGGCGAGGCCCAGGAAAGCAACCAUGGCAGGGCCAUCAAUCAAUUCCCAGGGUGUGAGGUUGCAGGAGGGGGAACCUGGAGUGCUUUGGCUCCCUGUGAGCUUCUCGUGACGCAUAAUACACUGUAUUUUCUGCCAUCUUUGAGGAUCUGGCCGAGUUUUUCUUAGUGCCUCUCAUCCCAGGGUCGCUUGCUUGAGGAGGCACCUCUGGCGUGGCUGGGUUCACCCUGCCCACUGGCUGCAUGUAGGCGUGGCUUAAGAGGAAAUGCACAAGGCCUCAGCGCCCCUUGGCCUCUUGACCAAAAGAUAGGUUGGAAGGAGAUCACUGGAGGAACUCCUGGGGUCUGUACCCAGCCAGGAUGCAGAGUUUCUGCCUCAGCUGGGGCCAGCAGCCUGGGAGGGACACCUCCGCUGCGAAGGGCUCUCUCUUACCUCCUCUCCGUGGCCUGGUGCAGGAUACCAAUCAACCCGAGCUCUCCUUGCACUGGCAUGCCUCUAAAAGCUUGCCUUUGCCCUGGCUGCAGCCCUGUACCCCAUGCUGGCAGGCACUUUGCUGCUGCUUGGAAGAAAGGGAGAAAAUGGAAGCCACAUGCCUGGCUUGGCCAGGCCAGAGACAGAUGCACCUGUCUGGGGCAAAGGGAGGUGCAGGGCUUCUGGGCCCCAUGUUGGCUCAGCAACAUAUAGGGGGAAGGCCCAGAGGGGGGCCCCCGUCCCUAGGCUCCCCCUAGAGUCAGGCCGUUAUUGAGGUGUUGGGGAGCAGCAAGCAUCUGCACUGGUCUGUACCUGACUCUUGGGCCGAGCCCAUGUAGAGAGGUAACCUGGCCAGACCCACGGCAGCCUGUCUUGCAGGAUGGCCCCCGCAGCAGUGGGCCUGGGCUUACCAGCGCCUCCCUGGAGCUUUCCUGCUGGUGCCAAGGAGGUUCCCCAGCCAGCCUUGCCAAGUUCCCAUAUGCCGUUUGCCAGCGUGUGGGAACUCUGUGUGUGUCUGAGCAUCUGUAGAAGUGGACAGUUUCUUUUAAAACAGCCGUAGAAAGGGAAAAGUGUAUUCCCUCCAGCUCCCAGGUCAUGCUGGCUAAGGAUCUGGGCUGGUGAGAAGAGUCUGUUCAGCUGGCCAACUUGUGGCCUCAGGUCAGAAUUACCUGCUUGCAGCCCCUCAUCUACCCUAGGUAUUGGGUUCUGUACACCAAAGAUGAUCUGACCCAUUUUCUUCUUGGAGGCCCAAUGACAUGUUCCUCUGUUGGUCUGCGAGGAAGCCACAGGCUCAGUCUCCCUAAGUCAACCUUCUCUCUUUCUCCUGGGACUUCUCAGCAUUCACAGAAGCUGCUGGCAGGGGAGUCAGGAUGUGUGGGGCAGUUGGGGCACUCACCUAUCCGGUAGCUCAAGUCUUUCUCUCAGAUCAUCCCUUUGGCCGCAGCCUCCAUCAGGGGUCUUGCUGGUUUUGCUCAUUGCGAGUUCAGUGUUGUGUGGAGUGGGCACAGCUGCCCACAGGUCGCAGGUUGUCAGUCCGUCUCCACACAUGCUGGUGUUGGGGCCAGGCUGGCGGAAGACCCUUCCUCCCCGCCCUCUCCUUCCCUUGGCCAAAAACACUUCCUUGGGUUUGUAGCCUUUGAUCCCGAUCCUGAGUCAUCUGAAGGGGAGAUGGGAGAGGAGAUGGGGAGGUGGGUGAGCAGAGAAUAGCUGGUGUGGCAUUGCAGGACAAGACGCCAUGGCUGGUUUUAGUAAAUUGGGAGCCUGUAUAAGGGAGGUGUCCCACAGGCCUUCGCACACUCCUUGGCAGGGCCCCAGAGGACUGGGAAGGAGCUUCCUCACUGCACACCUUGCCCCGCCCUCUGGGAGCCAGGUAGGGUCCGUGAGAGGGAGCCAGCCUUCCCUCUUCUGUAUAUACAGUGAGCCACUUGUGCUCAGGAAAACCUAGUCGCUUGCUGUUGCUCUUGUGACACUUUUGUACACUGGUUUGCUACUCGUGGCACGAAACAAACAAAACAGAAAAGUCAUUUCAAGCCAAGCUGUUGUUUUGGAAACCUGCUUUCUUUCGGUGUCUGUUUUGUAUUCUACUUGAAAGAAUUCUUCAUUCAUGUUGGUGUUACUGUGGUAGACAGAAUAAGAUAGCCUGAUUUGUAAUUCUUUCUGCCAGGAAAUUGGUAGUUCCUCCUUCGCGCCCCUUGCCCCAGUCCUUGCUCGUUCCCAAGGUGGGCUUGGUGUGUCCUGGGAAGACCCUCCCUGUCACCCGCCCCGACAGCAGCUCCCUUUAGAACCAGUCUUUGUAAUCCCCCUCAGCAGCUGCAGGAUGAGUAUUUUUGCCAAGCUGGUUCCUGGGUGCUCUGCACCCCCACCAGUUUGUUCACCUCUUGGGGCGUUUUGUAAUGUUUUCUCUGUUUCGUAAAACCUUACGAUUGUACUGAAAUGGUUUCUGCAGUCCCCUUUGGAAAUAAAAGGUCUUUAAUUUGUGCACUUAGCAUUCUGAAUUUUGGUCAUAGGUGUUUCUGUUGUUAAGAUUCCUGAAUGAAAAGGAACCCUCACCAUGGGACUUACUGUUAAAUGUUUUCCUUCAUUUACUGUUAUUAAAAGAUUUAUGAGAA